UUGUACUAGAUUAUAUUAGCAGUCCGAAUAAAUUAAACUUUAAUCGGGCUAAAAAAUUAAGCGAAUACGAUUAUAGAAAUUAAUCGUCAUUCUUCGUUCGUUUGGAAUUCGGGCGAUGAAGGACUGCGUCGAAAUUUUCGAAGGGGAGUUUGAGGUCCUUCGUGUAACUCCACCGCUUUAUGAUGAAGUUGAAGAGCUGCUUGUGAACAUUUCGAUCAAUUAUGAGUUCGGAUGUGUGAUCGCUAAACUUAAAGACUCUCCGUUGGCCAUUGCCGAGCUAGGUAAACUAAUAAGGCACAUCAUAUCCCGAGGAAUAUCAUUCGCUAUACGACACGUGGAAAGUGGCAGAAUUGUGGCUGCAAUCGCUAAUAUAAUAUUUAAUACAAAGAGGAAAACCUCAUACUACGACAUUUGCGCCCAGAUCAAGAGUCCAAACAUGAUAAAGUACAUGGAACUUUGGGAUGCUGUCGAUGCGAGCUUUAAUGUCAACGAGCACUGCCAGGUGGACAGCACGGGAGAUGUGGAAUACAUGGCCACUUUGCCGGAGUUCAGACGACGUGGCCUGGGCCACAUCUUAUGCCAGCAGUCCAUCCAGUUCGCAAGUCUCUUGGCCCAGCGGAAGCUUCCUCUUGAGAUACUCAACCAGCUGCCUGAGGAGAUGCGGAUUGAAAGACCGCAGGCCAUUGUCGCAAUAACUACAUCCCAAUCCUCGCAAAUAAUGGGCAGACAAUUGGGAAUGAAAACUAUGCAUAAGUGGCAUUUUUCCGAGCUGAGGUCCUUGUGCGGAGCGAUGGCGGAGUCCAAUGGCGCAGCCCAGGCCUUUGAAUAUGCAGAACUGCAAGUAGUAAAGUUUUGAUGGAAACCUAACGCGCAUUCUGACUAGAUUCAUAGAUUAGUUAGUAAAAGAAGAUAGUAACGCAAAAGUUCUUAAAAAACGGCAUUUAAUUUUUAUAAUUACGAAAAAGCUCAUUCUUAUAUUAUUGGAAAUAAAACUAAAAUCCAACG